CUGUCGUGUCAAAACAUCCGCAGCAAAGUGAAACAAGCCGAAGCUGUCUGUGAAGUUUAGCUCCAAACCUUCUGCAUCGAUGAGUUGUGCAGGCUGAGGACCGCGGCCCCGCCAGCGGGACGCUCUGCUGCCGCCCGCAGCUCGGCUCCACAGACCUGAAUGAGGAGCAGCCCUCUGCGUCUGCCGCUGCGUUCCCGCCGCCGCCAUGGGCCAGCAGCUGUCAGGCCAGGCGGUGAGGAGCCAUCUUCCUGAGAAGCUGGUGAAGCACGCCGCCCUGGUGCGCGACAGCGGCUACCUCACCUACGAGGAGUUCCUGGGAAGAGUGUCGGAACUCAACGACGUGACGGCGAAGCUCGCCGCUGGGCAGCAGAAACACCUCCUGUUCGAGGUGCAGCCCGGAUCGGACGCCUCGGCGCUGUGGAAGGUGGCCGUCAGGAUCGUCUGCACCAAGAUCAACAAGGAGAACGGCAUGGUGGAGGCGUCUCGCAUCAUGAACCUGUACCAGUUCAUCCAGCUGUACCGCGACAUCACCAGCCAGGCGGCCGAGGUGCUGCCAGCGGGGGGCGCCAGCGAGGGCCCGUCCAGCCAGCCCCCCUCCAGUGACUCCUGCCAGGCCAGCAUGUGGAUGGGCAGAGUGAAGCAGCUGACCGACGAGGAGGAGUGCUGCAUCUGCAUGGACGGCAAGUCCGACCUCAUCCUGCCCUGCACGCACAGCUUCUGCCAGAAGUGCAUCGACAAGUGGAGCGGCCAGAGCCAGAACUGCCCCAUCUGCCGCCUGCAGGUGACGGCGUCCAACGACUCGUGGGUGAUGUCCGACAUCCCCACCGAGGACGACGUGGUCAACUACAUCCUGAACCUGGCGGAUGAGGCGGGCUGCCCCCACCAGCCCUGAGGCCCGGGCCGGGGCCGGCCGCCGGGACGCCUCGGUCGUCCUCCAACAAACCGAUGGAAAUCAGACGGUGUCCGGCGCUUCCAGAGCCUCAUUUCCUUAUUUUCAAGGUGCAAUAUGUGAUCUGUAGAGAUGAAACUGAACGUUCUAACCCUGAUCAGGCCCACUGCGCUGCUGGCGCUGGUUCAGUCCCCGUGUGGUGAAAUCUAUUGAACCAGAAAGGAAAAAUAUUCUUAAAACUCAGUUGAUGUUAGCACUUAUUUAGCUCUGUUGUAUUUUAGCUUCUAAUGUAUGAUAAUAAAGCUGUGAGUUCCUGCAGUACUAAGCUUUAGCCCCGGCAGUGCAGCUGAUCCUGACGUCACGCGAUCGAUGGGAUCGGUUCUCUCUGGGAACAUCCACGCUUUAUUCAGGCUCCCAGGGGAACCCGCAGUCUGCUUCCAGCACAGAGAAGCAUGCAGGCCUUCAGCCCAGCUCCACCUUCACCUUCCAUGAUUCCACACGGACGCUUCUAAUGCACAAACUGACUACAAAUGAGUGAAACAUUAAUGUUGUACAGCCACAGGAUGAAGGUUUCCCCAGAGGCGUUCAUUUCAAACUGACAGGAAGAGUAAAGAGGAAGCUUCAUGUCUUUACUGUUUAAAACACACUUCUGAUUUCACCUGAAACUGAAAGCUGGGAAACACUGAGGCUGUAGGAGAUCUGACACAGUCUCUCUCUCUCUCUCUCUCUCUCUCUCUCUCUCUCUCUCUCUCUCUCUCUCUCUCACACACACACACACACACACACACACACACACGGCAGCAGUGUGGAUUAGAAACCAGGGCAAGCUCUAUUUUGCACGGUUUGACCUGAGAUGGAACGUUCCGGGUUCCGAGUUUGUUCAUGUAGGGAAUCUGACCCGAAACCCUCUGACCUGAUGAGGGGAUCCAUGCUGGUAGACUGUGACACAUUUAUUCUCCACCAAAAUGUAACUUAUUUGAAAUUAUUUUAAGAGCAAAAGUUAUUUCUCUAUUUUUUUGUUCGGGCAUUGAGUUCAGCCAGAUUUUACUGGACCUGCAGCUCGUCUGGGGUCUGCGCUGACAUGAUGAUGAUGAAGAUGGUGAUGGUGAUGGUGAACUCCUCACAGCUUUGUGUCUGCUGGAGCCAUUUAAAAUAAUUUUAAGAUUUGAUAACAGUAUAAGUUUGAUAAUCCCUGAGGGUAAGCUGCGGUGUAGUGACUGGACUCGCCCCGCAGGGGGCAGCACCAGCUCACUUCUGUCAGAAAUGUUUGUUUUUCUCAAUGCUGAUUCCAAGGAGGUAUUUUUUUCAUUCUUACUGUAAUUUCUGAAAUAAAGACAUGCUCACUUUUUUGCA